UGUUCUGUAGGCAUAUCGAUAGACUGUUCCAGUGCGAUUUCUGUCAGUUUUGAAUCGAGCGGCGUACAGAGUAGAGGUAGCCAUUUGAACACACUCUGACCGUGUCUAGAAGCGGAGCGCAGUGAAGCAAAAAUUAUUACAGGCUAACUCUUAGUUUGUUUUUCUGCCAAGGAGUCAAUCGAUUAGAACAGAACGUAGUACAAGUGCCAACUAUCAGACCAGUUUUUGUUUUUGAACAUUGAACCGAAAAGCCGCCAGUUUCGCGCGGAAUCUCUGAACACACCAAUAAAAAAACAGAAAAUCGUCCGGUACACAUACUAAUAACAAAACAGAACAAAAGGGAAUUUCUUACCUGUUUUCGCCCCCGCGAGAUUCGAAACCAGCUUCGGCACCGUACAGCGCACCGAAAAAAAAAGAAGAAGAGUGCUCUUUGAAAAAGAAUAAAAAUUUCGAAUUUCUAAAAAAGAAAAGCUGUGACAAGGAAGUGCAAAAGUGCUCAAGUGUAAAAAGUGAAAUAUAGGAAAAUCAUUCUUUGCAGAUUGGCAAAAAUAGUGCAUUUUCUGAUUACCCACCGCCAGUUUUCGAUCAAGUCUCUGCACGAGUGGAAACUGGAAACGAAGUGAAACACGGUGCUUAUUUUGUGACACGCGCGGGUAUAGGUAAAAAAAUCGACAAGCCCCUCGGUGAGCCGGGUUCAGCCUGCCUGUCUGCCAGAAAUAGCUGUUCGUUCGCAGGAAAAAGGAAGAAUAUCCGAAGUUUCUAAGCAAGAAAUAGUGCAUCCAAGCCUGCUGCCACCGAAGGAGAACUGAAAAGUCGUCAACAGAAGCUCCUGUUAGCAAAACAACGGAGAAUGUCUACCGCGAUUAUGCACACCGGGGCGUUCUAUGAUUUUGGUGAUUUCACACUAAAGAAUCAAACAAAUUCCAGAAGCACAGCGCAGAUGACCAUUUCGAGCACCAAUAGCACAAACAAUGCCUCUAGCAACAACAGCAGCAGCAACAGUUCUCUGAUUGGUAACAAUGGCCAUCAUGUUACCAGCAGCCAGAUUUUACUGCAGCAGAAUUUCAACGUAGUCCACCAGCAGUCCCAUCCUCAACACCACCAACAGUCACAUCUUCAACAGCAACAGCACCAGAACCACAAUCACUCACAGCACCAUCAGAAUCAGUCGCAUCAUCCACUACAGCAACAGCAGCACACCACCCGGCAGUUGCUGAUUCACAAUGCACUUACCCGCACUACGUCACACCCGGUCGGAUCAAGCUCGACGGCUACACAAGCCGCCGCCACGAUGGAAUCGCUAAUGGAACUGCUCCGAAUGUCGACUGCCGCCGGCGUUCUGGCCCAGCAGUCGAACAGAUCAACUAGCGGUGCCGGUGGUGCUUCAUCUGCCGCGGCCGCCGCAGCUGCUGUCGCUGUCGUAUCCAGUGGGGGUGGCGGUGGUCACCGGAAGCUGGAACGUACCCAGUCAGAACCACUGCCGCAGCAGGUCAACACCUCAAGAUACAAAACCGAACUGUGUCGACCAUUCGAGGAAGCGGGUGAAUGUAAAUACGGCGAUAAGUGCCAAUUUGCGCAUGGCAUGCAGGAACUACGCAACCUCCAGCGUCAUCCGAAGUACAAGACCGAACUUUGUCGCACGUUUCACAGUGUCGGCUUCUGUCCGUACGGGCCCCGGUGUCACUUUGUGCACAACGCGGAAGAGGCCCGCAAUCACAACCGUUCAGUGGCGGCAUACCAUGCGCAGUUGGCUGCGGCCAGUGCAGCAGCUGCCGUCAAUUCCAGCGGCAGCAACAGUGGUGGAAAUCACAAUCAAUCGUCGAAUGCGGCCACGACUGCAUUGCUACAGCAAGCCCAGCUCCAGCACACGGCAGAGUUGCUCCAGCAGCAACGCCAACAGCAUCUGCAACAGCAUCAACUUCCGCUCAGUCCGGCCUUGUCGAUGUCAACCGGUUCGGAUCGGGCUUCACCGAUAGGAUCCCUAUCACUUUCGCCUACAACUUCGAUGGCGAGUUUCUUCCCAGAACAAAGUAGCCCAACAUUCCCGUCGACAAACCAACAGAGCGCAUUCAAUUUCCCAGCAUCGCCACCGGCUAGCCCGAUCGAUGGGGGACUAUCGCCAAUGUCCACCCCUCCGCCACCUUCUCCUUCGUUGGUAUCACUCUCCGGUAAGGUGGCAACAGGAAACAAUAGCAAUAGCUGCUCCAACAUCGACGGGGAAGCACGUCUUCCGGUUUUCAAUCGACUCAGUUCCACGGUGGACGCUUUCACCAACAUGAUGAUCUAAACAAAAAAGCAAGGCGGUGGUGUUGUGAUGGAGGUGAUCUGGUGCACAUGUCGGGCUAUUGACACUUUACUUGAAUCUGUUCUUUGCUCAGUACGCACGCACGAAGUUUAAGCAAUCGAAAGCCCGCGCGCACACGCACAAACUCCCACAAACAAAUGAUUCUGUAAAUACUAAUCCAUCGAAUGCACUUGUGUGGGUGUUUUUUUUUCAAGUUUAAUUGGGGUUUAUAAAUAUUCGAAGGGUAAAAUUGUAAGCGAAAGCUGCAGUAAAUAAGAAACGCACAGAUAUUUAUUUAAACAAACAAGUAGUAGAAACGUUUAUGGAGACAUUAAAAACAAACGUUUUCCAAUUGAAACACAUCCGCGCGCGAACGCAACUAUACAAAGACGAACGGAGAAGUAAACACUUAUUUAACUAUUUAUUAUUAUAUUAAACUUAUAAUUCUUAUUUAAAUUGAACGAUGCGAAAACACACGCACGCCUACAACAACCACAAAAAAACGAUGUACGUAAAUUACCACAAAUUCAAGUUGGUGGUGCGGCGAUAAUCGAGCAACAUUCUUGUAUGAGUGCGUGUGUUCCGAGAGUGUCAUGGGUGUGCGUGGAUAUUCCUUCGUGUACAGAAUCAACGAGAGCUUCCAGUGAGAAACUUUUUUUCAAUUUCACAAAACAAUGGCAAACGAAACAAAACACUGCAAAACACCGACGGAAUUAACAAAUUCUCCUUCGUUCACAUCUACGAUUAUUAUCAUUGCUAUUAAUAUUACUAUCAUUAUUAUUAUUAUUAUUAUUAUCGACCAUAUCUUGAUUAUUUUUUAAUUUAUUUUAUUUAUUUUUCUUUGCUUAAUUUUCUCAUUUUAUUACGAAAGGAAAGCAAUUUAAUGAAAGAUUAGUUCUACUACAUACAAUUAUUAAGAAAAGAUAGAAACAAAAAAAUAAUCAGCAGUUCAUUUAAGAUACAACCAUAAUUGAAAGUGUAAUCAAUGAGCUGAUUUUCAUUGGUAGCAGGCGAAGGCACGCAUCUACACGCUGUAUCAAGCUUUCCUGUUCUAUUUCUGAAAUAUAUAAUUUGUAGUUAUUUUUGCUUCAAAACAACCCUAUAAUGUGAAUUAUUACUCUUGUGUUGAGCCGAUUUUCUCGUUUAUAGUAGCCCUGUAUGUAUUGGUCACCACCAGAUAGUGCCUUAUCGAUUUAAAAUAAAAUCUAUUGUAAAUCAGUACCGCUAGUAGGCAGCGUUUUUUGCCUUGUUUUAUAUAUUAUUAUUUUCCCUUCUCCCAAUCAAGUCAUGUACAGGUUUAGGUUUCAUACACGCAAAUACACUCAAGUAGUGAAAAGCGUCCGGCCUACUAGGAUUAUUCGAUCGCUUUUAUCAAUUCAGAAUAAACCUACUUUUUUUCUUGCACAUCCCUAUUUCGUGUGUGCACAUUUUCUAGCAAUCUAACGGUAAUUUAAGUCAGAAGAAAAAUGAAAGCGAAAGCUUCAUAAAACUAAUAUGAUUUUUUUUUCAAAUAAUCUAAGGAAACGAAACCAAUUGUGCAUAAAUAAGAGUGAAACGAAAGUUAUAAACGAUUCAGUGGAGUUCUGGUCAAAUCCCGUAGUGCGCAAACGAUCCGAGAACCUCCCCUAGCUUCGUUGAGUGUUAGUAAACUUUUUGUUUGAUAAAUUUCUUUAUUGUGAUCAUAGUUUGUAAUAACUACUAAGCCUACUGCCAUCUGUGUUACUAGGAGACAAUGAUAACGAGCGCGAGCGAACUAGCGAGCGAUAAAAGACAACCAAUCUAAGUAAGCUGUGCUAUUGACUCUAGCACAAGGGAGAAGCUAGUAAGAGAUAACGAGAAAGCUUGGGAGCAGGGGAGAUUCGUCGACAUCGUACACAAUGCGGCAAUGUCUUCCGGUAGGCGGCCACAUCUCCUGAAUAUUUGCUUUAAUUUUUCAUUGUGAGGUUAGAUUGUAAGAGAGAGAAAAAACAGAGUUUAACAUAUUAUAUUUGUAUAAAAGAAAAAGUAAGGUAGAACGAAACACUCAGAAAUCUUCCAUUAGUUGUAGGCAGAACAGGAACACUUAAAAAAACGCAGAUUUAUGAUUGGUGAAGUAUACAUGAACUAUACUAUUUUGUAUAGAUUUUCACCGCAAUGCAACGCAUAUGUAAGGAGUUUUUGUUUCCCGUAAGCCUAGAGUUCUUUUUUCGGUUCGAAUCGAGUCGCCCCCCGGAGCCAAACCAUCUCUCUUUCUGCUAUUAUCCAAACGGUACGAUAAUAUUUGUGAUUUUUUUAAUGCUAGUUAGCCUACGCAAAACCUGAAUAAAAGUCAAUUUUCUUAAUAAAAAAGGAAUUCCUUUGUUUUUUUUUUCUAGAAGGAAAAAUAGUGAUCGCCACUCUUAUUAGUCAUAGGCUACUGCAUUACUUUCUAUAAUCUCCGGUGAAAAGCAAACGGUAAGACGAAUGGCAAUAAGCAAGAUAAAAAGAUCUCUCAAAGUUUUUUCUACUUAUUUAUUGCAUUUUUAUAGCCGCCUAACUUAUUUAAAUUGUAUACGUAAAGUGUAAGUACUUGCCCUUUGCUAGUUUUACUCACCCGUACAUUGAAAGAGCAAACAAACAACACCCGCGCCGUGCUUCUUGAGUCCAAUUCAGUGGAGUACGCAAAUUUAAUCAUAAUGCAAACAAACUUACUACCUAAAUAUGUGAAAGUGUGUAAUAGACGCAAACACACACACCUAUUUCAUUGGUUUAUUCUGCAUUGAGUCAGUUCCUUCCGGGUGUGCUACCACCCACAUAACUCCAUUCCUCCUGUCGUCGAUAAGCGAACAGAAUGAAACAACAAACAAUCAAGUCUUCCAACAACAAAACAAUCAUACGACCAUUGGGGCCGCUGCCCGAUAUGCGUGGCUGUGUGCGUGUGUGAGUGGAUAAGUGGCGAUUGGCCGGUGUUUUUGAAUCGUGUAGAAAAUAGUUAGUAAUCUGAGGAAAGGAAACCGUCGCGACUCGAUUAGAACCUAUUUUGAUUGACCCUUCGGGAGAAACCGACCCACUCAUUCCAGGAGUAUAUGAUAUAAUAUCGAAACAUCUAAUGCCUAAUGCUAAGUGAGUAGUAAACCAAACUGAUAUCCAUCAACAAUAGACACGCACAGAGUCUGAGAAAAGCCCGAAAAAGACGUAUCUAUUUAAAUGUUAUAUUUUACUUUGUGUAAUAAUAUUGUAUGCUAUUUAAUUAUUUAUGACGAAUUUUUCAUUAGCAAGCAAAUGAUAAAAAAACGCUGAUAUUUAAAACAAACAACCUUAUCAAAUUUAGAAUCGAUCAUUAAACACGAUACAAACAAUACACAUCUAAAAAUGUAGUAGAAUAAUGUGGGCGAAUGAUUGUUUGCUACGUGCUCUGAUAGCAUAACUAUUUAGGAACAUAUCCUAUAAUACAAAAAAAGCAAGCAAAUCGAAGGGGCCAUCUUUUUUGCAAUCCUGAUUUAUUUACUAUACUCUAUUAUUAUAUUCGUGUACAUUUAAUAGGAACAACAACAAUAAAAUAAAUGAUGAAUCAACAA